AUGAGAAUCGAUCACCUAAAAGUAUAUCCCCUACGAUAUGCUACAGAAGAGACCAGGCAGAUGCUUCUAGAGAGAAGAGAGAUGUUUCGCGCUCUUAGUCAACCGCAGCUUAUCUCUUACGAGGGGGCCAACUACUCAAGAGAUUACACAUAUCCUACCGAGUCCAGAUUCAUGCUCGACUAUCAUGUGUACGCCAAGUUUCAUGCCCUUUCAGAGGCCUUCAAAUUUUCGACAAAGCAGAAAUCACCUUACGAUGGAUGGCCAGACCUCGUCCCCAUUACUUCAGAGUUGUCUGAUAAGCAAGUUAUGCUGCUUCCGCCAGGCAUCCAUGGGUUUUUCUUGAAGGAGAAAAAUUGGGGAACGUCGCACAGUCUGCUCAUCAUGUUUAAUGCCUCACUAUGGUUAAUAUUCAAACCCACCAUUCUUAGUUCACUUAGGAAGAUUGAAAGGACUUCAGUGCAAAUCCACAAGAAGACAAGACAGGACGACAUCAUCGUGGGAAAGGGAAAUGGACUCAUCAUGCUUCUCCAUGGUGGGCCCGGGACAGGCAAGACACUGACGACAGUGCUCCUGCUGGACGAGGCCGACGUGUUUCUCGAGGAGCGGUCGCUAUCAGACCUGGAACGCAACAGCCUCGUGUCAGUCUUCCUCCGCACGCUGGAGUAUUACGAAGGCAUGCUCUUCCUGACGUCGAACCGUGUCGGCACCUUCGAUGAGGCCUUCAAAUCGCGGAUCCAACUGGCGCUGCACUACCGCCCGCUCGACGGGCCGAGCCGGCGCAAGAUCUGGCAAAAUUUUUUGCACAUAAUGAGAGAGAACAACAAGACAGAAGAUGAUGCAUACGGCGAGGGCGACGAUAGUGAGCAAGUCAGCGCAGUGGACUUUGACGACAUUGCCGCGCACAUGGACGAGCUGGCCGCGUACGAGAUGAACGGGCGCCAAAUCCGCAACUCGCUCGCGACGGCGCGGCAGCUCGCCGUCUACGAGCGUGAAACGCUCGACUGGGACCGCAUCAAGGACGCCAUUGAGGUGGCUAGCGACUUUAACAACUACAUCAAGGAGGUUUACGGCCAUACGGACGAGCAGUGGAGCCGAGACAACAAGUUUCGAUAG